CCCGUCGUCCGCGAGGACGAGGAGCCUUGCGUCCCGAGCUCUGAGAGAGAUGAUGCGAGCGCAAAUCUUUGUCAGAGUGUUCUGAUUGCUCGCCGUGCCUUGGCACUCGCGUCCGGGGACCCUUGGCCGUGUGCGCGUUGUGGCUCCGACUCUGAGUCUGAGUCGCUGUCGCUGGGGCUUCGACCGCCCUUUAUCGCAAUGGGUCGAGGCGAAUUGGUGGCCGUGUUUCCCACAGGUUGAUGAAUGAGUUCGUGUCAGAUGAAUGAAUGUGGCUGUGGCAGCUGUUCUUCUGUGACCGUUGUUAGUUGUGUGGAAUCGCUCCAGAGUUCACCGGGAGGGUCGGAACAUCAUUGAUUCGGAAGCAGCUCGUCGAUUCCACCCGUUGCAUGCCCCGGUACAAUCACAUUUGAAUCCGUCUCCGCACCGACGAGAAUUUCGAAUUGUCUCACCGCUCGAACCAUUCGUCCGAGACCGAUCUCUUUCUCUUACAGACAUCUAUCAAUGAGCAUUUGGGGAGAAGGUGGAGCAGCUGAGAGUUUUGGGAGGGGACGCAAACUUCUGCACCUUAUGGCGACGUCAUCGGGGAUCUUGUCACCGAGGCUCGAAAUCUGAGGAGAAGAGAUUUGGCAACCACAACGGGCAGAACCGCAUUCGAGAAUCGUGGACCGGAGCUAUGGCGAAAGACAGCACCGGAGAAAACGCAGGGAAUCUCAAGGAUGAGUCCAUCGAUGGUGGAGGAGAGAGUGCACCACAUGUAUCUAAAGGAGAGACGAUUUCGGCUGCACUCAGACAGUGCGUUUCUUUGGGUGGCAGACGUGGCAAGAAAAUGACUAAGCCGUGGAGAGGUCGCUUGAAAGCUCGAAGUGCUUCCUAUCUUCAGCUCUUCAAGGACCUCCCCUCAGGCCCGACUGUGUUUUCCACCCUUACAUUGUAUGAUAAACAGACCCCACAAAAACAAGUUAACAGAUAUGGCAAUCAACCGACAGGAUUGCAAGAUGUGGCGUGGCUGUCCUUGGAUGGCCGCCUCAUGAAUGCUGACACUGCCACCAGUUUAGGCCGGAUGGGAGGACAUCUGGUGGAACCGGAGGCUUCUGUGUGGGAAGGAUUGAAUCCCUUACAGCGAGUUCUCAUCGUUGCAGUGGCAGCAGCAGCUGCAGCAGCUGCGAAGGAGAAGAGCUCUCAUGAAGUAGCCCGCUUGCGCAAAGUCAUCAAUGACAGGGAAAAUGCCCUGAUGCACAUGCGACAGGAGCUCAGCAGCCUUUCUAGCAAAGUUGACAUGGAACGUGCUGAACUCCAAACCGAAAGAUCAGAGCCCACCUUUACAAAUGCAGUAGAGGAGCUUGCCAGCUUACUGGGUCAAGUGGAUUUGCGAAGAUCUCAACCGAGUCCAGGGCUGAGCACAGAGCCGGAUUUCUACACUGCGGUCAAUCAAUUUUGUGACUCCCUGGGCGAGUUUACCGAGCUAAAGGAUGAAAGUGCCGAUUCACCUGCUGUAAAUAGACAACUGAAUUUCAAUAGCGCUAUGAGAAAGGUGUCUCCUGGGAAGGAGGAAUCUCCAAUCAGUGGGGGUCCUGGGCUGGAACUCAUGGAGAAGAUGAUCCUGUCAAAUAGUUGGAUUGAGUCACUUGACAUCGGGUUACUCUUGGAGGAAUCUGCUAAUGAGGAGCAUGAAUUCUUGUUUGGUGAGGAUCUUGUAAACAAGGAUGUCGUCUUUGAGGAAAAUGGAAAUGGAAAAGAAACAACUGAAAGGAGUGCCGAAGCCGAGAAAGUGGAAGACUUGCGUUCAAAUCCAGAGUGGGGUGCAGGAGCUAACGUACAGGGUGAACCCGUUGCGGAAGCUGGGUUUGGUCACGAGUGGUUGUCCGAGACUUCUUCCGUCAUAAUGGAUCCAUUCAGUCCCGAGCCACUUGAAAAACAGCGGAGGAAGCCAAUUGAGGUGAAUACUUCAAAAGAAUGGUCUCUAAAAUCAGAGGCAGGAGACGAUGCAUUCUCGGCCCGCGCCCGCUGUGCCACUAUCAUUCUUGAUGUCAAGAAACAAGUCAUUGCACUGCUGGACGAGGCAGCCUCCAACAUGCUCGAAGCUCUCAAUUGCAUCAGUGAAAAGGCUAAUCUUCUUGGAGGCGAGGAGACUGUAGCUAUAACUCCACAAAGACCCGAGGAUGCCUGGAGUCACAAACCAACAGAGUCGUCAACAAUAAAGGAGAAUGUGAGCAAAGUUGCCUCUCGGAUAGCCGCUUUGCAAACAACGAUGGUUAAUGUGUGGCAUACGCUUGGACCUGAGGCGAUGGCUUCUCUAAACAUUUCUCCGUCGGAUUUUGAUGAUUAUCUCACCAAUCUGCAGAUCGCCAAGAUUCUGAACGAAGACGCGACUGAACUCUCAACGGCCAGUGUCAACAUUCAGUCGUGGCAGGAGUGGUUCCGAAGAGGUUUUGAUAACCCCGAGUCUUCGUUUCUUAGAAGAAUUCAGUCCACAGAUCAUGAAGACGAUUUUGUGGGUGCAUCUCGAAACUUUGAGCAAGAAAGUCGGUCGCCGUCUGCGUGGCCACCCUCUGUCGACAUUCGCGCUCGCAAGACUUCUGUCUCAGAAAGCAACAUGGUCACCCCUGCCGUCGUGGUAACAGCGCGAGAGAAAGUGGAGAAGCUUAUGAGUCCUCUGUAUGAAAAGAGUGAAGACACUUCCACCACUGACAGUUGCUCCAAUUUGGUUACCGUUGCUGAACAGCUUGUUGCGGAGCUGGAGAAGUCGGCUGCAAAGGUUGCCGGAAUGGAAGUACAAAUGAAAAACUUGAAGAAGUACGUUAAGGCAUGUGAUCUGAAGAGAAAGCAGGUGGAGAGAAAGCUUUUGGAAGCUUGGGAGCAAGACAGUAAGAAUCAGGUCAAAGCAGGUAAUGAGAUCAUGGAGCUCAAACGGCAGGUUCGUCUGAAGGAGACCGCUUAUCAGGAGUUGAUCCGAAGUCGGAAGGCUCUUGUGGGUGCGAAAUCCCAGGAGAUUACCGAGCUUCGGGAGGACUGUCGUCGCCGUGAUGAGGCUUUGAAAGACAUGGCUACAGCUGCCCAAGCAACCCAAGAAGCGAGCGAGAAGAAGCUCGCGGUUCUGGAGGAAAUAUGUCGGAAGAAAGACACUGCUAUCAUGACCUUGAAGCAGGAGAUUUUUGAACUCGAGGGCAAGGUUCAGGAGCUUCAGGCAUGCCAAACCCCUGCACAGCUGCGCCCAAUGAAUCUCCCCCCUGAGAACGACAAUGAUGACGACACAGACGAGAUCUACUUGAACGAAAGGAGCUACAGGCUGUUCGGAGCGGACGACUGCCAACUUCGCAGCUCCUUCACGUCCAUGUGUGGCAGUGAGAAUCGUCGAACGUCCUGGGGCUCGGACUUAUCGGCCCAGGAGUUCCACAUCAUCGACACUCCAUGGAGCUCGGAACUCUGUGGCGGUCAGGAUUUCAACGUGAUCGAGGAGGCAGCGUUCCAGGGUCGAUCUCUGAGCAUAUUCCAGAAUGUGACUUCAUCCCAAGAAUUCUCUCGGGGAGCGCUCAGAAAGUUCACGGAUGGAGGACCGGCGCCCGCGUCCAGCGGGAGCACGAGCGGGAUGGAGUCGUCCUCGAGCAGCAGCCGGCGCUCGGGGGAGAACAGUAGUAGCAACAGCCACCCUCGCGAUAUCAAGAGGGUAAACAACAUACCCAGCUACCGGAAAGAGUUGUCCAAGUCCGUGACGGGCAUGGUGACGACGAGGCCCCGGAGACGAGAUGACGCGGUCCGAGCCAGCACCGGCGUGCUGUCGACGGUCGGGAUCAACACGCCCAUCAAGCCUAAACAGCGGUCCUCAUCUGUAAACAAGGAGAGGGUUUCUCGGCAAGCUCAACCUUUGAACCAGCCGCCGGCGAAUGGUUCACUGAACGGGGGAAAACCGAAGGAAAACUCGAGCCGAGGCAGCAGCAGGCAAAAGUGGGUGUAAAUUGCUUAACUUCAUAUACGCUUGAAGAUAUGUUUGUGUUGCGGGGGCAACUUUCAGUGUCGUAUGCUGGUGCAGGUAUAGGCCUCAUGCGGCUGCACAGCGGUUUACGAACAGCACCACCCACCAUCCUAAUUGAAAAAUUUGUGUAGACUUAAAGAAAACUCCGAGUGUUUUCUCAACACUGAUGUACAUGACUGUACCAAUAGUCAGACCUAGGAGCCCAUGACAAAGCUUCGAAGCCGAAGAUGCAAUUUGGGCUGUUAUAGGUUGCGGUUUUCGUUCUUCCUUCGGCCGGCCGGCCCGUCAUAUGAUCUCCAGCCGGAAGUUCUUGUGAUAAUAUGAUCAAAGUCGUUCGGACUUUGUGAGUUACUCUGAGUCCCGAGAAGUAUCGACCUGUACAUACAUGGAACAUUGACUGCCACUGAGCUCUUAUGCUUUCUCUGGACUGGCCAUGGAUCACUUGCUACGCUGAAGCUCUUGUCAGCAGCUGCCUGCCUGCCUAGUCGUCCCAUGUUGGGGACGGCGUGAUGCCGUACUUGGGAAGCUCGGGAUGGAACGAUGCCAGCGCAUGGUCCUUCCUCUCUCCCUAACCAUUGUUUUGCCGGAUAUGAUCGACGCUGGCCUUUUCUUGCUUUCAAACAUUUUGAUGAUUAUCCUAUCCCCAAGGCCAACACGUUGGUAAAUCGGUCUGGACUUGAAAACUCCACAACUCAUUUUUUAUAUGAAUUAGUAUGAAUGUUAAGAGAGAUGGACUUUGCCGAGU